AUGGCGAGCCCAAGAGUAACUCUGUUUCUCUCUAUUCCGUUCAUGAUUAUUGGCUUUCUGCUGAGCCGCUCACCGUCCAUGAUGACCUCUGUUUCCCCCUCCAAACCUUGGGCUGAUGGGCCCAUGAAGCUCAUCACUACGCCCCAGUUCCAGACCAAGAAGACUGAUAUCUUCACAUCGGGAGCCACCCAUAUGGCUUUGCUCCAUAACUCCAUCCUCCGCGGCUACAAUUCCAUCUACCAUCAGGCUCCGCUGCUGCUCGACCAGGACAAGGCCGACUUCAUUGGCUAUGCCCUCGCUUGGUAUCGCUUCGUGAAGUCACACCACGAUGAUGAAGAGGCAUCUCUCUUCACCAAGGUGGAGGAGCUGCUGCAGGACAAGACGGUGUUUGAGGAGACUCAUCAUGAGCACGAAUCUUUCCUUGCCGGCCUAGCUGAGUUUGAGAAGUACCUCUCCGGCCUCCAAUCUCCCACCGACUUCUCCGCCGACGAGCUUUUGCAAAUCAUGAGCACGUUCCAAGAGCCUUUCGAGAAACAUUUCCACAGCGAGAUAUCCACCAUUGCCAAGUUCUCCGAGCACCCCAAUGCGCCGAAGGAGGGCACCCCCGAGAACACUGCCGCGGCGGCUACAUUCAAGGCAUGGGGCAAGAGCACUGUUACCAAGGCCGGCAUGACGGAUGUCGUGCCCUUCUUCCUCCUCAACUUGGACCGUACGGUCGAGGAUGGGAUGUGGGCCCACUGGCCUCCCAUGCCGGCACCGAUCAAAUGGGGCUUGAUCAACAUCGCGGGGGCUUUCCACUCGGGGUGGUGGAAGUUUGCGUCUUGUGAUGCGAAUGGUCAACCGCAAGAGCUGUGGGCUUAUCGUGCUGCGGCCAUCAAGGCACAAAAGGAGGAGCAGGCCAAGGCUUAG